AAGAGGGAAGGGAAAUGGCUGUGGAGGCGAUGCUGCAGCAGCCAUUGAAGUUGAGGCACCUCCUCCAUUUUGCUACUACUUCGACUUCUAGAGUGUUAUCGGCGAACCCCAUUCCUCUUAUUUCUUUCAGAAGAACAACCCCUUCUCAUCCUAUUUGUUCUUCUGCCUUGAUUGCCCGUUGCUGCUCUUCUUCUACUGCUGCUGACUCCACCACCACCACCACCGCCGCCCCAAAGCCCGCUGGACGCAGCCGGAGGCCCUCCUCCUCUUCUUCUCCCGCUAACACUUCUGACAGAGAUGCCAUUCGCGCUAUCCGUAUAAACAAGGUACAAGAGUUGAGGAGCAAGGGCUUUGAGCCAUAUGCUUAUCAGUGGGAUAGGACUCAUACAGCUAAUCAGUUACAAGAAAUCUAUAAAGAUCUGGGAAAUGGUGAAGAGUCAAAUUAUGAGGGUGAUAAAGUCUCGGUGGCUGGAAGAAUUGUAGCUCGCAGAACCUUUGGAAAGCUUGCUUUUUUGACUUUGAGGGAUGAUUCAGGGACAAUCCAGCUGUACUGUGAGAAGGAAAGACUUGCAAAUGAGCAGUUUGAGCAGUUGAAGACAGUUCUUGAUAUAGGUGAUAUAGUGGGCGCUAGUGGCUCAAUCAAGCGCACAGAAAAGGGGGAGUUAUCAGUGCGUGUGAUCUCAUUUUCAAUUCUCACCAAGUCGCUGCUGCCACUGCCGGACAAAUAUCACGGUCUAACGGAUGUUGAUAAGCGUUACCGCCAACGGUAUGUGGAUAUGAUAGCAAAUCCUGAGGUAGCUGAUAUAUUUCGCAAAAGAGCAAAGAUUGUCUCAGAGAUACGCAACACAGUGGAAUCUCUAGGGUUCAUUUCAGUUGAAACACCAGUGCUUCAGGGAGCAGCUGGAGGAGCAGAAGCUAGGCCAUUCAUUACAUAUCAUAACUCUCUUGGAAGGGAUCUUUAUCUGAGGAUUGCGACUGAGCUCCAUCUGAAGAGAAUGCUAGUAGGGGGGUUUGAAAAAGUAUACGAGAUUGGUCGUAUAUUCAGAAAUGAAGGCAUUUCCACCCGCCAUAACCCUGAAUUUACCACCAUAGAAAUGUAUGAAGCAUAUUCAGACUACCAAAGUAUGAUGAAUAUGACAGAAGAGAUCGUGACACGAUGUGCUCUUGCAGUUCAUGGCACACUUAACAUUGAAUAUCAGGGGAUAGGAAUAUGCUUAGAGAGGCCUUGGAGGCGGGAAACAAUGCACAAUCUUGUCAAAGAAGCCACUGGGAUUGAUUUCUUGAAGUUUGGUGAUGAUCUCAAAACUGCAAAAGAAGCUACCCUUAAAGCACUUGAUUAUAGUCAUGAUAAUAUAGACACAUUUUCAAUUGAAGCAUGCCCAUCUGUGGGUCAUGUGCUAAAUGAGGUUUUCGAAAUUGUGGUAGAACCACAGCUAAUACAACCCACUUUUGUUUUGGAUUAUCCUAUUGAAAAAUCACCACUAGCCAAACCGCACAGAAGGCAUGCUGGCUUGACCGAGAGAUUUGAACUCUUCAUAUGUGGUCGUGAACUGGCAAAUGCCUUUUCUGAACUAACUGAUCCUUUGGACCAGAGAGCACGUCUGGAAGCUCAAGUGAGGCAGCAUAAUGAGAAGAAAACAGCAAUUGAUGCAGAAUUAGUUGAUUGUGAAGAAAAUAAAAACAAAAGUGAUGAUGACUCAUAUGAAGUAACUCUUGAUGAAGACUUUCUGACAGCUCUAGAAUAUGGGAUGCCUCCUGCUUCUGGAAUGGGGCUUGGCAUUGAUCGGCUAGUGAUGCUUCUUACUGACUCUGCAAGUAUUCGUGAUGUUAUUGCUUUUCCUGUCCUUAAGAAUCAGCAGUAGUUUAUGCAGUUGCUGGCCAAUUUGGUUUCUGGCUGUUUGGCUACCUUGUUGAUGAACGUUUCUACUCUAGGAUGCUAGCUGUUCUGAAAUGAAGUGAAGGUUUGAUGCCUUGGCUGUUUGCUAUCAUUUUCUUCCACAAAAUGCUGCAAAGGAAGUGUUUUUUGCCUGCACGGUUAGGCAAGAGCUCUAGUUCUUCAUACUCACCUUUGGUGGUCUAUACUGCCCUGGCUGCUGAAACACUCAUGUUAUGUGUUUCUGUUAUAUUCUCGAUUUCAUCCAUAAACCCCAUUGUACAUGUAUUAGAGAAGUCUGAUGAAUCUAUUGACACUGUAUACGCGGAUUAAUAUUCUAUCCAUCAUAUGGGCAGAAUCUUACUUAUACAAGUAAAUCUAGGUUAAUGCCAAGUCAUUCUUGAUCUGUACUUGACGGUAAUGGGUUCAGUUCUGACAUUUGAGAUGUUGAUUAGUAGUGUAUGAUUUUUGGAAAAAGUGAUUCUGCUGCAUA